AUGCUGCCUCACGAGGACGGGCUUGCUGCCCCCGAAGACAAGUCCAGUGCAAACCUAAGUGAUCAUCAGAGUACACAAGACGCGGCGGAGAGGCAAAGCCAGCACCUUCAGGGAGGGACUUCUGGCUGUAACUCUCCAAGCAGAAGCGAUGAAGCUUCAGACCAGGGGGGUAGGGAUGGAAAGGCUCGUCGAAGGCGCCGUUUAGGGUCUUCUCCCUCUGCUAUUGAGGAAACUCUCCCGGAAACUACAACAAAGAGGAAGCGGACUCCAAGCCGUCGGGUAGUCGAGGCUGCAGAGUCAGCUUUGCUUCUGGAAGAGGUGAUAGCAAACGAGAGCCUAGCAGGCCGUAGUGGUCAGCAUCACCCCCAGUUCUCCCCUGGUUCCACUCGUUCUUACGUCAGCUCCUGCGCCGCAGUUCCUUUGUCUCAGUACGAAAGUUUCACUGCUGAUGCUUGUUACUCCCGCGACGUUUCCGCUCGCGUGGCGUCCUUGAGGGAGUUGCUGCGUCAGCAGCAGCAGGGAAACGGAGGGCCAAAUGAAGACUUUAAAGAGUCUGGCGCAGGCAGAGCAUCGCAGUGCUCUCAGCAGCAGAUAUGGAGCCAGAGAACUGCUGGCCGCAAGCGACCACAAGCGCGGGCGGCUGCUGAAACUGAAGAAAUUCCUCUCUGCCGGCGCUCCCUGUUCGGGGCAGUCGAGCCUAGAGACCUUCUGGGAUUUGGCAUUCCACUUAGGGAAGUUCUUGGCGCUGAGAAGGUGCACAUCCCACAGCAACAGCCGCAUCAGCAAACAGAAGCGAAGGGGAAGGAGAGAGGGGCCAGUGUAAGGCGGCCUCAGCAGCAGGAUCAGCAGCAGCAACAGCAAGGAGAGGUGCCCUCGUUCGUAGUUGACGUAGCAGUGGUGGGAGCGGGAGUGGCAGGGCUGGCAGCUGCUGCCUAUCUUCGGCGUUGCGGGGCGUCGGUGAUCGUCUUCGAAGGACGUCAGCGGGUAGGGGGGCGGACGUUUUCUUCCGUGAUGCCUGAGAGGGAACUUCCUGAUGGCCGCAGAGUCGAACGGGUUGUCAUUGACUUGGGAGCGUCGUACAUGCAUUGCGUAACGGCACACCCGAAGGAGGGCGAAGGCACUACAGACUGCCGCUGGCGCCGCGAGCCAUCUCGAUCUGUGAGUGGCAUUGCAGCGGUCCUACAGCCUUUAGUAGCCGACGUUGCUGGAAAGCAGAACUGGGAAUCUACUUUGUUUGCAAGUUGGAAUGACGAGAAUUCGGGAAAAGAGAUUCCUUUUGUCUCUGUGUUGAAAGUCCACCAGCUUCUUGACCGCUUACGUGAGAGAACGGCGGCAAAGCUGUUGCACCUGCCUCCACCCCUCACUCCAGGGGGGAGCGUGGGUCCCCCCGCCGCUUCCUUGCCAAAUACCAUUCCUGCUGCAGAGUUCCUCUCCCCCUCUCUGGACCAGAUAUUGCUUGCCGCUCUGAAGAGACAACGUUCCGUCUGCAACGCAAAAGCCACAAGUCCGUCGACACUAGGGGAAGUUACAAACAAUACGGGCAGGCGUCAGUUGGGUCAUUCUGGCUUUCGCAAACAAGCCGUCAAACAGGAAACCAUAGGCGUUCCUCGCCGUUCGAGUUCGGAGAAUUGUGAGAACGGCCCAUCUUCUUCCGCACCUCCAACAGACCAAAGAGGGUUCGAGAGCGAAGAAGAGCAGAGAUCCACUGAACAACAUGACCCUUCUGACCCUUGCUGUCACGGAGUUCCAGGCACCAAAGGAAAGAGUCUUCACCAGCACAUCUCAGCCUCUCGCUUCUCCCUGUACUACCCUUUAGGGGAUGCGUUCGUUCGCAAAGCCAUCCGAGCUUACGGAGGAUGCCCCCUUUGUUGUACUGGGAUUUGUGGUGGAAUUCAGCGGAAAGCAGAUGAAAAGGCCACACCGGUUAGCGCUGGUGCGGAAGAUAUUGAGUUAAGGAAGGGGAGAAUAUGGGGACCAACCGCUACUCUUGUUCCGCCAGCGGGAUAUGCCAAGACCUCAAAAACACCGACUGCUGAUGCUGUGAGCACCGACGUGGAGUCGUCAAAUGCCGGAGCUUUCGCACAGCUAAGCUCAGGGGGACAAGAUGACAAAGCAAUUUCGACCUAUGAGAACAAUCAGCGUUGUGCCGGGGACAUUGGAACGGAGAACAGAGAUGCAGGCGAGCUUGAUUCUGCUCAGCAGCCUUCACCCAGGAAGGAAUGGAUGAAGAGGCAAUCUGGUGUCUGCACGAGAACGAGAGGCAGCGCAAACAGCAGUAGCAACAGUACUGGCCAGCCGGGGUUAAAGGCUAGUCGUCCUAAGAAGUGCAGCACAGCAGGAGGAGCUUACACACAGACGCGGCUGGUACCUCCGUUGUCGCUUCACGACAAUAGGGGCGUUCGACGGUCGGCAUGGGAUGCUCUGCAAAUUUCCUUAUGCGAAAUACUGGCAGAGGCUGAGGCAGAAGAAGGGCUUUUGACUUGCAGCACAGGCAACAAAGAGGCCAGUAUUAAGGACUGCCGUGUGGUAAGGCAUCGCAACUCUCCGACCCUUACGCCAACAGAGGCCCGCAUGCUGCUGGUCGUUUUGCAGUCACGAUUGGGCUAUGUCGGCGAUCUGAGGGAAUUGCCAUUGUCUGCUGUCAAGAAUUACCCCUACGAAAUUGCAGGAGUGGGGCCGGCCCUGAGGGAGCAGCUGCUGAACCCUCAGCGAGGGCCUCCGCCAGUGCCUCUUGUGGUGCCGCCCCCCCCCAGCAUGCAGCGACUGCGCAUGCAGCAGUCAUCGCUGGAGGCAGCCCUGCAACAGGAGCAAAAUGUCCGCGUGUAUCCUUUUUCCGCGUCUUCUGCGAACUCCGCCGAUAAGCUUGUGGUGGAUGGCUGGGGCUGGCUCCCUUUAUUUUUGUGCUUACAAGUUUCUCCAUUUGUUGUAACUGAAGCCACUGUCCAGUCCAUUUGUGUCAAGGAGGGUCGCACUCGUACUUCCGAGUACGGAGGCAUUGUUUCUUCCAACCCCGUGGAAGCUUUAAAGAAUCCGCUUGGAAAGAAGAGCGAUUCGCGUGCAGGUGUCACACGAGGCACGUCAGGGGAUAACUUGACUGCCCAGGAAGAAGAGGGCGACUGUGGCAGAUCUCUCCUCACUGAAACUCAUCCUGUACGGCUUCGAGUUGAAGUCAACCGUCGCCUCCGACAUAGGGCCUCUCAUGGGCUCCCACAGGCGGAAAAGCAAGAAGAGCCUCCUACCCACGUCUGGGCGCACGCGAAGUACUGUGUGGUGGCUGUCCCGCUAGCGCAACUUGCUUUAGCGCCUUUGCCACCGACCCGAGCCUUGACCGCUGAGGGAACAGUUCCGCCAACUCUUGGGCUGAUUGACUUUUCACCUCCUCUGGGUCCCGACAGGCGCCGAGCUCUUGCACGCUAUAGGAUGGGUUGCCACAAUAAAGUGGUCAUUCGGUGGCACCCCGAUGAUGUUUUUUGGCAUGGUCGGGGUCUCCAGCUGAACUGCCUUGACCAGAAGUUUCAAUUUUUGAACCUCCAUGCUUAUGGGAAGCCGGGCUGCCUCCUCGCCCACUGUUUCCCUCCGUUUUCCAGUGGCUACGGAGGUCUUCUUACGGAUCAGGAGGUGGUGGCCGAAGUGCUGGCAUUGCUGCAGCGGAUGUUCGGCAUAUCUGACUCGUCCUUCCCUCGGCCAGUUGAUUUCGUGGUGUCACGCUGGGAUGAAGAUUGUUUUUCUCGAGGUUCUUACUCUACUCCUGGAGUGAACGCCUAUGACAACGACCUCGACAUCAUGAGGGCCCCCCACCCAGCUAAUGAUCCUCGCGUGGUGUUCUGUGGAGAGCACCUUAGCAAGGCCUACUUCCAGUGUGUUGAUGGGGCAUAUGACACGGGGUUGCGCGCUGCGGAAGCUGUUGCUCACGAGUGUCUACAACUCCCACUACCCCCCAGGGAAGACGGCAGGAAUUUCGCACUGGACUACUUUUGCUUACCUCCAACCACAACAGUGUCUACUUCUGCCCGACGUCCACAUGCUUCUCCUGGACUGGAAGGGGAGCAGCGUGAAGGACGCAUUGACAAUAUCUUACUCAGUGCGGACAAAAUUGAGCCAUCGGGAGAGUCGGUAGCCGAGCCCUCCCGGCAGCCUUCACAAGGCUUGUUGCCACAGUGUCCGUUUUCGGGAUUUCCGAUGCCACCGCUUCCCCGUGUUUUGUGUGGUCACUAUCUGACGGAUCAGUCAGAUUUAGGACUUACCGACGCAGAAGGGGAGCACUGGGCAGAAACUGGAAGCAGUCGUCGAAGCUUUCAAACAUGCGAGUCUGAACGAAGAGUGCCGCAAGUUGCGGCAGCCGAAGAGUAUUUUCUCGCGCACUGCCUGGCUUUCAUAAAGAGAGGCAGCCUGCGGCUUCUUGAGGCUUUUGCUUCGCAGCAUCCGAUUAGCUCAAAUAGGAGCCGUUUCCUUGUCGAGGAAUGGAUAGACGGUGUAGUUGACGAUGAAGGCUUCGCAUGUGAAGCAAAGACAGCCGGUUUUUCUGGGGAUGGGGACGAUGAAGCAGCAGCAGGAGAUAGGCCUCCUACGGUGCCUCCGGUUCAGUGUCUGUCGGAGACAGCCUCGAGCUUCUUGCAGAGCCUACCCACUGCCGCUCAGCGUCUUUUUUACAGAAGCUUUCUUUCUGAAUUCCCUUUGACUCCUUCACCGUCAGUUGGUGAUGCAGAGCAGGGACAACGAAGUACUCCCACGUUGCUGAUGCAGGAACAGCAAGGCUGCACCCAAAAUGCUCCGGAUGAUCUUCAGCAGCAGCCGCAGCGUCUUCCUCUUCUGAGUGACUUUCUUGAUGCCCUCAUUAUGUGCACGAGCAGCAACAAUGGUAUGAAGAAUAACCAGGAAUCCCCUCUCAAGGAGACUGCGCUUCUGCUAUCGCAGGCGUUUGCUCGGCGCCUCAAACGGGGGUCUGGAGGUAAAACGCUGAAUAUGGAGGCCUUCCUCUUGCUUCUUGCGAAGAACAACGAAGUCAUUCGAGAUGAAGUGCUCAAGCCAAUACGUGAUAUGGCACAUGCGUUUCCAAAAACCGAUUCAGGAGUGGGGCAGCCGCGGGAGGCUGAAGCGGUUGGGUCGCCGUCGGAUCCCGCAGCUGCAGUCGCGGUUCCGCUGGAAGUCUUUGUGAAGGAACUGAUGCUGCCAGCAUUUCCAGCAUAUGCCAGAAACACCAGGCCACCUCGAAUGGCAGCCGUGUCAGUGGGUGUGCUGCUGAUGGAGACUCUAGAGAGGCUGUGCGCUGCCUUCCCGCCGCUUAAUAGCAAGGAGCAGCUGCACGAGAUGGCAACUGUCGUGGACUCUCUGGUGCUGAAGAAUCUUGCAAACAGUUACUUUAUCUCGGCCAUUGGCGGUGGGUCGUCUUUGAGAGUUGCGGAAAGACAGACAGAAAGGAAUAAUACGUCCGAGCCCUUGCAGCAUGAGCAGUUGUGUUGGUUAUGCCGCGGUGAAGGAGACUUGUUGCUCUGUGACGGUAUGCCAGCAUCUGCUCUAGACUCCAAAGACGAUAUGUCCGGUUCGCCUUCUGCACCAGCUGCAUCGAAGUCGUGUCGGCAUGUUUUCCACAUUGGUUGUGCUUUUCCUCCACCAACGCCUGCGGAGCUCCAGCCCAACGCUCAUUGGAGCUGCCCAUUGUGCAAGGCAAAGGCUUUCAGCCAACGCAUGAAUAAGCAGCAAAAUAGGGGGGAUAGGCGGGAACAACUUGAAGAAGACGUGCAUGAAGAGCGUUGGCUUUCAAAUCUCCCGGGGCAAGAGCACCAGCUGGAGAAGGACAGAAAAGCACAGCAGCAAGGCAGUACUGUGGGUGCCGGGACUAGUACAGGAGUUGAGGGUGCGGGCAGCCUCAGCGAGGAUUUGCUGCACCACGUAUUUGGGUCUUUGAAUACUCUAGCGGAGCAAAAAACAGAAAAACGCACAAAAUUCCUGUCUCAGCAGCAGCUGGCAGCGUGUGAGGAGUUGCAGAUGGCCGCGUUGAAGCGGCUCUUUGUUGACAAGGCCCGAAGCCUUCUUGCUCGUACGCGGCAGCUGUGCAAGCGGUUAGAUGAGCUGCAGUCUAAGAGGAUAAGGUCGUGGGUUGCAGCGAGGCGCAGAAAGUUUCGCACUCGCUCGAAAACUGAACGCGGCGACCACUCGGUUCAGCAGCCGCUCGAUUCUUCAGAAGCCCAAGGUGUGAAGGCGCAGGUCCCUUCAAAACAAACGCAGUCGCCGGAGCUUGCGAGGCGUGCAAGCCGUUCUUGCACACCCUGUAAAGACAAAGCUUCUUCCGAGAAAGCAGCCGACGCCAACACUAGCACCGUGGCAGCCGACGCUUUAAAGCGACGCAGGAACCACGCGGCAACAGGUGGUGCGUCAGGCAUAGAAAGAAAAGGGGAAAAUCUUCAAGUGUCCCUUGAGGUUGAUGAACAAGAAGAAUGUUCGACAGUUCGCCGCACACGCAGUUCCACGCUGGCUGGGAAGUCGGAAAGCACUCGCACUGCAGCGGCAUUCGCUGCAGCCGCUACUGUUGCUGACUGUUCAGGAGGGAGUAGCCGGAUGGAUUCGGACGGCACGUCAACAUUUACUGCGGGUUUGGACCAUACGCAAGGCGAAAGGACUGAAUUCGGUGACAGGGAUAUAUCAGCUGGGUCACACUACGAGGCGUCAUCAGAAGAUGAGACAGAACGCACACUGGAUCCGUUUGCUGCUGCUGCACAGAAUUCCAGAUUCGCCAGAGCUCUGAGCCUAUUUUCACAGAUCCACUCAAUAGAGGACUCUUCAUUGCCUAGCAGCAUAUCUGUCCUGCAGCAUCUACACCACACUGCCCAAGGCUGCCACUGUAACCGCCAGGAACGGACUUCUGACCAGGGAAUCGAAAAUGAAGCAUCCAGCAGCAACACAAGCACGGCGAAUGCUUGCACUUGUGGCUCAGAGACCUCAUCAAAAGUGACGAACUGUUUAUGCGUGCAAUCGGCUCGCAAAUACGCCACGGCAGCACUGCGGAGCUUACUAGUAUUUGAGAAGCGCGUGGUCCCGCCGAGGCAUCCUGUCCGUAGUUUGGCACCGCAUGUGUGCUCACACGACGCAGACAUAGAGGCACUCGCUCAGGGCGAACCCUUUUGGCUGAAUCGGCUUUUCAGGCCCUGGAGGAGGCGGCGAGUUUCGCAGCCUCGCAGAAUACCUAAAGAUGCUAGCGGCUUGAAUGCUAGAAGUGCUGCACUGUUCCGCCAGCAACAGGCUGUGCUGCAUGCUGCGCGACUUCACAUGCAGCAGACCAACAGGCAACCAAGUAUGGACCAGCAGCAACGAACUGUUGCGAGCCUUUCGCAGCGUCCCACUGAGCCUCCCCACCUUCAAGCGGUGAGGAGUUCCGCCACAGUGGUGCCAAGUGGAACAGGUUUACUGAGGCGCUCUGCAAUGCAGCUCCAACCGCCAAUUUCGGUGCAGCAGCCUGCGUCUUUAGUUAGCUCUUCCGCUCUCCAAAGAGAGCGAAGAGAAAUGAGUAGUGAAACACUCCUCUCGCUUUGGCAUUUAGUCCAAACUACAAAGGAGCAGGAGCAUCAGCCGCAGUACGGGCAUCAACAACCUCAAGCCGGAACGGAGAGAAUUUCCUCGACCCAAGAGACGCGCCUGCAGCAGCAGUUGCGGUACGUGCUGCAGCAGCAGUUGCAACAGCAGGAACUAUCCGCUGCAUUGCUUCAGGCGGCACAGAGGAGAUGGCCGACACCUGCACUGCACAAUGCUGAUUGCAGCCCUAGAGUGCUGCAGCAGCUUGCUCAUUUGCGUACAAUCCGUCCGAAGACUUCAGCAACUCCUCAAAGUGCCAUAAGUCCACGAGUCGAGCAGCAACUGGAGCGCCAGCUACAGGAGCUUCUACGCCAACAACGUCUUCAAGACACUCUCAGGAGCCUGCAACACCAAGCUCAGCGACUGUCAAUGGCGCAGUCGCCAAUAAGUAGCACUCCUCAGCAGGGACAAGUGGGAAGGCAGCUUGAGUCGACACGCACGACACAGCAGGACGUGUUGGAGGAGCAACGCUUGAGGCAAACGGUGCUCCGUUUGCAACAGCUUCAGAGGCAGCUGCUUCUCCUACAGCAGCAACAUCGAAGUGACGUAUAUGGUGGUGGCCAGACUUGA